GAGAAAUCGACGAUGUUCCAGCGCCUCCGCCAUGCCGUCGGGUGGGGUUCUUCCUCGGGCAUCGGGAUGCACAUGGCGAGCGGCCAGUCGAGGGUCGACUUCCAGGUGCAUGCGCCGUUAGGCCAUGGCGAGUCCCUCUACGUGGUCGGCGACGCGUCCGCGCUCGGUACGGCGCUGCCAUCGCACGUCGACAUGAGCGCGGUCCAGAGCCCCAAGCAUGGCACGACAAGCGUACCGCCGUCGCCGCAGCACCCGACGCAGAUCAUGCACUUCAACGAGGCCCACUACACGUACGCGCGGCGCGACGACGCGACGAGCGGCGUCGUGCCCGGGUCCUUUGUCGGCAGUUGCCGCCUCGUCACGACGCCCGAGAUGUACCCGCUCUGGUACAACGCCGAUCCCGUCGUUUUGAGCUCGAACACCGUGCUCAACUAUCGGUACGCGGUCUGCGCCGGCGGCAAGUUUGUGCGCUACGAGACGAUCGAGCGGUCGGCGACCAUGCUGGGCGACGCAAUGCAAAUCCAGGACGUCCUCGACCAAAGCCGCGAGGAUCUGUACGCGAAAGGCCAGAUGCAACAGUUUGAGAAGGAGCUCUCGCACACGGUCGUGCCCCGCCUGAGCAGCGGCCAAGCCUUUGUCGACCGCCGGGCGACCGCCGCCAUGACCGACGACGUCUCUCGCCGUGGCAUCAAGCGCGGCAGCACGCGCCUCCUCAAAGAGUCGUUUUCGAUUCCCGAAGGCGAAGAGCGCGAGAACGACGACGAGAUGAGCAUGGCACCGGCGUCGCUCCUGCCACCGGCGUCGCCGCUGCCGUGGCACGACCCGGACGCCAGCACGAACCUUGGCGGCAUCGGGCUCGGGCUCCGCCGCCGCUCGGGCGGCUACAACGCGUGCCCGUCCCCCAGCACGAACGUCAAUAGCAAGGACGAGAGCACGGGCUCGCCCCUCUCGCCGCAAAACCUCACGAUCGAGUCGACAGACGGCGUCAUCAUCGUCGUGCACCGUCUUCCGGUGCUUGUGACGCGGCGCGAGGACGGCGAGUAUGACAUUGACUGGGAGGACGACAACCUUCUCUGCCCAUCGGGCCUUAUCAAGGAGAACAAGAGCAACGGGCUCCUCUAUCGGGACGGCACGUCGUCGGCGAUGCGGCUCACGUGGGUCGGCCUCGUGCACUGCAAGGAUCCGAUUCCAAAAGCCGACGAAGAGAAGCUCGCGCGGCAGCUCCAAGCCUUCCAUUGCGUGCCAGUGUUUUUAGCCCCCGCGAUGCACCAGACGUUCCAUGCGUUUUGCUACGGAACGCUGUGGCCCAUCUUCCACAACAUUGUCGACGUGUACGGAAAGCUCCCGACGCGGUGGUGGAACCCGUCGCAGCAGAAGAACGCGUGGAGCUCGUACAUGCACGUGAACCGGAUGUUUGUCAACAAGGUCAUUGAGAUCUACAACGAAGGCGACCUCGUCUGGGUCCACGGCCUUCAUCUACUGGUCGCGCCGUCCUUUCUUGCGCGCCGGCUGCCGUACGUCAACGUCGGCCUCUUUCUGCAUACACCAUUUCCGUCGUCCGAGAUUUUUCGGACGCUCUCGGUGCGGGCCGACCUCCUCCGCGGCAUGCUCAGCGCCGACCACAUUGGGUUUCACUUGUACGAACACGCACGCCACUUUCUCACGAGCUGCCGGCGCAUCCUCGGGCUCAAGUACACGGCGCAGGCCGGCGGGUACAUUGGCGUCGAGUACAAUGGACGCAUGGUGGCGGUCACGAUCAGUCACAUUGGCAUCGAGCCGCCGUUCGUCGAGCGGCUGAGCGUCAAGGACCAGGUCGUGGAGGAGACGCGCCGCCUCAAGGAGCUCUACCGCGCGGGCGAGAAGACGAUCAUUGUGGGCAUUGACCAAGUCGAGCGCCUCAAGGGCAUCAACCUCAAGUUUAUCGCGAUCGAGCAGUUUCUCAAGACGUACCCUGCGUACCGCAACAAGAUCCAAGUCGUCCAGAUUGGCAUUGUCGAUGGCUCGGACACGUCCGAGGCCAAGCUGCGCUUGCGCCAAGAGCUCCGUGCGACGGUGCAGCGCAUCAACGCGGCCUUUCCGCAGGAGCACGAGCCCGUGAUUGCGUACUCGGAGCUCAACAACACGGACUUGUCGAUCCGCCUUCCGCUCUGGAACCUCGGCGACAUUAUGCUCUUGACGACGGUCCGCGACGCCGUGAGCUUGUACCCGUUCGAGUUUGUGUACGCGCACAAGCUCUCGAACGACCCGGGCGUCGUCGUCGUGUCGGAGUUUUCCGGCAGCAGCCGCGUGCUCACGGGCAGCCUCGGCGUCAACCCGUGGAAGCGCAACGAGAUUGUCGAGGCGCUGUACGCGGCGGUGACCAUGUCGCCGGCCGAGAAGGCGGCGCGGCACUUGCACGACUUUGAGUACGUGGCGUUCAACACGCGCACGAAAUGGGCCGAGCGCAUUCUCGUCGACCUCAAGCGCACGAGCAAGGCGAGCUCGACCGUCGGCAUGCAGUACAUGGGCUACGGCCUCGGGCUUGGCUACCGCAUGCUCGAGUUCAACGCGGGCUUUAAGCUCCUCGAGACGGACACGGUCGUGCGUGCGUACCGCCACAGCUUUCGCCGCGUCCUUUUGUUUGACUAUGGCAACACGCUGCAGCAAGAGGCGACGCCGGCCCAUGACUUUUCAAAGUACAUUCAAGAAGACGAGAACGGCGCGAUCACGAGCCAAGCGCAGCACGACGCACUGCCGCCGUCCAGCGAACUCCUCUCGGCGCUCGGAAAGCUCUGCGCCGACCCGCGCAACACGGUGUUUGUCCUCAGUGGCCGCGAGCGCCAAGACCUCGAGAAGACACUGGGCGGCGUCAAGUGCCUCGGCUUGGCGGCCGAGCACGGAUACCUCUACCGGUGGGGUGACAGCGGCAAGGAAGACGACGCGUGGCUCUGUACGAAGGAGAACUUUGACGACUCGUGGAAGGACAUUACGCACUCGGUGAUGGACAUUUACACGCAGCGCACGCACGGCACGUACAUUGAGCUGAAAGGCAGCGCGCUCUUGUGGCAGUUCCGCGACGCGGACCCCGAGUUUGGCCAGUUGCAAGCCAAGGAGCUCCACGACCAGCUGCAGCAAGUGCUCGAGACGUACCAAGUUGAAGUGCUCACGGGCACCGACUACCUCGAGGUGCGCCCCGAAGGCGUCGACAAAGGCGUCAUGGUCGACCGGAUUCUCUCGACGCUCGAGAGCCAGCAAGCAUCGCCGGUCGACUUUUGCUUGUGCAUUGGCGACGACCAGUCGGACGAAUUUAUGUUCUCGUACCUCGAAGAGCGCCACAUGCCCAAGACGUUUACGGUCACGGUCGGGAAGAAGCCGAGUGCGGCCAAGCACUUUCUCAACGACGUCGACCAGGUCAUGGAGGUGCUCAAUGCGCUCACCAAGGUCUCGACGACCUCGAACCGCAACCUCUCCAUGAACGACUUGCGGCUCAUGGAGCAGCGCCCGCAGCCGUUCCCGCUCCCUCGCGUCGACCGACCGUCGCUCGAGGAGCAAGUGGCGACGCCGCCGAGUUCGCUCAAGACGGCCAAGUACUCGAUGUCGAUGAGCGCGCUCUCGUCGGUGGCUGCCGAGCCGGCCUUGGGGCUGCGCCGCGUCGCGUCGACGUCGGCCACGUCGUACGAGCAGUACUUUAGCAACAUUGACGAAGAAGAUGACGACGACGGCGGCGGUAUCUUUUUUUAAACGCAAAUUUUAGGGUCCAGAUGAUAUGUGUACAA